CCAGAGCGGAGAGGACGGAGAGAGGCAGAGGAGAGCAGGGCUGCGGGCUGUGCACGCGCUGCUGCUGGUCCGGGACCGAGACUGACCCCCCCCUACCCCCACACUCACCGGGCCGGCCCGCCGCUGUCCGCCCUGCACGGCUCAAGAACCGCGAGGAGACCUCCGAGGACCCGCUGGAUUACACACACACACACACUCUGCCUUUAAACCUGGAGAACAUGUGGCUGUCCUGGCUCACCUGCGCGCUCGUGCUGGGAACUCUGUGUGCAGGGCUGAGCAAUGGGACUGCCGACACCAGGGAGUGUGUGUACUACAACGUGAACUACGAGAUCGAGAAGACGAACCAGAGCGGCGUGGAGCGCUGCGAGGACGAGCAGGACAAACGCUCGCACUGCUACGCCUCCUGGAGGAACAACUCGGGCUCCAUCGAGCUGGUGAAGAAGGGAUGCUGGCUGGACGACUUCAACUGCUACGACCGGCAGGAGUGUGUGGCCACCGAGGAGAGCCCGCAGGUCUUCUUCUGCUGCUGUGAAGGAAACUUCUGCAACGAGCGCUUCACCCACCUGCCGGACAUCACCAUGCCACUGAUCAAGGCCCCGCCCCCCAGCGUGGGUGUGUUAAACAUGAUGAUUUACUGCCUGCUGCCCGUCACCAUGCUGUCUGUUGCUCUGCUCACCGCCGUCUGGAUAUACCAACACCGCAAACCUCCGUAUGGACACGUGGACGUCUCCGAGGAUCCUGGUCCACCUCCUGCCUCCCCCCUGCUGGGGCUGAAGUCUCUGCAGCUGCUGGAGGUGAAAGCCAGGGGGCGCUUCGGCUGCGUCUGGAAGGCUCAGAUGAUGAACGAACACAUGGCUGUGAAGAUCUUCCCCAUCCAGAAUAAGGACUCCUGGGAGAACGAGAGGGACGUGUUCAUGACGCCGGGCAUGAUGCACGAGAACAUCCUGAGGUUCAUUGCCGCAGAGAAACGAGGGAGCCACCCCGAGGCCGAGCUGUGGCUCAUCACAGAGUUCCACGAGAGGGGCUCGCUGUCGGGCUUCCUGAAGGGAAACGUGAUCAGCUGGUCCGAGCUGUGCCACAUAGCCGAGACGACGGCGCGCGGCCUGGCGUACCUCCAUGAAGACGUCCCCCGACAGAAGGGAGAGGGUCCCAAACCGGCCAUCGCCCACAGGGAUUUGAAGAGUAAGAACAUCAUGCUGCGCUCAGACCUCACGGCGGUGAUCGGAGACUUCGGCCUCGCCGUUUGCUUCGAGCCAGGGAAACCGCCGGGAGAGACCCACGGACAGGUGGGCACCAGGCGCUACAUGGCCCCCGAGGUCUUAGAAGGAGCCAUCAACUUCCAGAGAGACGCCUUCCUCCGGAUCGACAUGUACGCCAUGGGCCUGGUGCUGUGGGAGCUGGUGUCCCGCUGCAAGGCUGCAGACGGUCCGGUGGAUGAGUACAUGCUGCCGUUCGAGGAGGAGGUUGGUCAGCAUCCAUCACUGGAGGACCUGCAGGAAGUCGUGGUCCACAAGAAGAUGAGACCAACCAUCAGAGAGCCGUGGCUCAAACACAGCGGUCUAGCCCAGAUCUGUGAGUCGGUCGAGGAGUGCUGGGAUCACGACGCCGAGGCUCGCCUGUCGGCCGGCUGCGUGGAGGAGAGAAUCGCCCAGAUCCGCCGCCUCACCGCCACCAUUGCCCCACCUACCUCCGAAAACAACACCCUGCUGGGUUCCUCUGUUGCACCUGUUCCCAUGGUAACUAACGUGGGCCUGCCGCCCAAAGAGUCCAGUAUAUGAGGCGAAAAAAACGAGGUGCACACAUCACGCCAUCGCUCCUCAGUGGAAUUUCGUGCGUGAGAGCAGCUGCUAUUUUAUUCUCUGGACUUCUUUUGGACUCUUUGUGAUUCCCUCUUGUCCUUCGGGACGGAGUACCAGCACACCUCGUUGUUCCUAAGUUUUCCUCUCAGUGGGACUCAUUCGUGUCUUUUUAACCAGGCGUGUGUUUAAUGAGAAAACGCAUUCAGGGUCCGACUCAGUGAAUGCUUCGAUCUCCAGGUACCUCAGCGACCGUUUUUAUUCGCUCAUUUUUUACCGUUUUCCUCGCUCAUUCCUGCCUCUGCUGUCUUCUACUCACAUCUGGAUCAUAUCUACCUACCUGACAACAGCGUCACCUAGCAACCACCUGUCAGCAGGCGACUACAAUGCUGCAAAACCCACAGAGGAGCCCGAGACUGUUACACAGCAAACACACACCCACAGCGACCGCUUUUCUACUUUACCUGGACUUUAGUUUUUAUCGGUCUCGUGCGACAACACGUCGCUGUUCGCAUCUUUAAAUCCAACGGGUUGCAUCCAAAACGGACGGAAACAGGAAGUGAUGUCAGACGGAAAAAGGCGAAAUGGGCCUGCUUGUUUCCAGUGUGGCGGUUUCCGUUCUCCCGUGUUUCGUGACCCAGUCUUCUCGCCUGGGGGUGAAGGCUGAGAGACUGUGAUUGGUUGGCCUCGCAUUGCAGAGGUGUGAUUGGCUGACUGUGCUCAACCACAGCAUUUUGGUUGGUUUGGAAAUAAUUUCUCAGGUAAUCAUGACUACAGGUGAAUGGUGCAUGCAUUCAGGUCUGUGUGUACGUGAGUGUGUGUGUGUGUGUGUGUGUGUGUAAACAGUCACAUGAUGUGACAGGUUUGAGUUUACACCUAUUUCCUGCCUGUGUUACCUGAGAGACCGGUGACCUUUGACCUCCAGCAGCGCCACCUUCAGGUUAAACCGUUCAAACUGAGCAUCCGACAUGUGAGUGCUGCAUGAUUUAUUCUACACGUGUGGAAGGAGGGCUUCUUCCUGUCCCUGCCUUUCACAAUAAAAGCCCUGGACAUGCACACUGUGUGACUUUGAGAUUUCAUUCAAACUGUGAGGUCAAACAGCUGAUUUCUGUUUAUGAACGUCUCAGGCCCCACUGACUCACAUCCAGGUGUCCAGAUCCACAGACUGAUCCUAACAAGCUGCUGAAGAGGUCAAAGGUCACCUGUGUCCUUCUAACGCCCCUGUUCUUCCCUUCUGUGAUGCCAGACAUGUAACAUGAAUGUCUACGAUGCUGCUGCUGACCCUGAUGAUGAUGAUGAAUAUAUUUCUGUAGAUUCUUUUUAUUGUUAGUUUUACUUUAGUUACAUUGACCACAUGCAAAUCUGUGUUUGUACAGAGUGUGUGUGUGUGUGUGUGUGUGGGGGGGGGGGGGGGGGGGGGUUAAUGAUCAGCACUGAUCAAUGAGAGUGACAGUAGAGACGACAGUGGAGACGACAGUAGAGACGACAGUAGAGCUCCUGAAGCACAGACCACCUCAACACAGCAGAAAUACCUCACAGACUUUUCUACGAGCUGGAUUUUUACAUUUUGAUGUUUGUGAUUUUUUUAUUGUUUACUUUGUGUUUUUGUUGUUUCCAUUAAACCCGCGGAGCUGCCGGGCCGUGCCGACUCACAGCUCGCUGCUGUUUCACACUAAACGGCCCACACCUGGACUUCCUCUCAUCCUUCCUCCUCUCUCUUCAGGUUUCCUUCUUUCCUUUCCUCUACUACCUCCUUUCUGUUUCCUUCCUGACUCCUCCCGCCUCCCUGUUCUCUCCGUGCUGUAACAGGUCACAUGGUUUAACACCUCCUCGGGAUCUGUUAUUGUGGCUGUAGCUCAGGUGGCAGAGCAGGUCAGCCACUAACCAGAAGGUCGGUGGUUCGAUCCCAGGCUAGAUACUAACCCCAUGUUUGCCUACUGGUGGUGGCGCCAGUGUCCGGCAGCCUCGCCUCUGUCAGUGCGCCCCAGGGCAGCUGUGGCUACAAUGUAGCUUGCCAUCACCAGUGUGUGGAUGACUGAAUGUAGUGUAAAGCACUUUGGGGUCCUUAGGGACUAAGUAAAGCGCUAUACAAAUGCAGGCCAAUUACUAUUUACCAUUGUGACCGAUUCAGUGACUCUUCAGGCAGCGCUCCACCUGCAGUCUGACCUCCAUCAGGGCUAACGCCGCCUCAGUCUCUGUUUCCAGGUGUUUCAGGAACUGGUUACCUCAUUAAAGUCUGACAGGUGGAAACGCAGUGCUGCGCCCACGGUCACAGCGACCUGUUUGUGCUCAGCAUGGUUAGCGACUCAGCUGCUGCACGGUGCUUUCAUUCUUUUAUUUUGCCGUCCUGAGAAUUCAUCUCUGUAAAUAAUUUAGGACGCUCGUUCGACCCGUGUGCUGCAGUCACAGUCGGGCCGGGUAGUUUGGAUCUCCAGCUGUUCCCCAGCAGCUGCUGCCUCCGUGAGAACUGAUGCAAGUUCCUGUGAGGCAGGACGGCGCAUCACCGCUUCCAAAAAUGCCCCAAAACCCUGAACUUCCUGUCGUCUGCUGACAUCACCGGCUGUUCAGGGCCUCGGUCAGCUGAUGUGACUCGUUUAGGCAGCUCCACAGUACAUGACUGCACACGGAAACACCUGGCCAGGUUAUUUCAUCAGAGUUAGCUUGUGCUGCUAGCACUGCCCUGGCUAACAUCUCACACACUCACAGCUCCCUCAGAGCUGUGAGGGAAGGUUCUGGUCUCCGAGUCCUUGGAGCUCGAUGCUAAAGAGAGAGAGUCACAUGACUCCUUCCUCCAGCUUGUCCUGAGCAGGUGUGUGAAGAUGGCCGCCUGCUUUUUGGUAUUUUGGCCUGUGCCAAAGAAACGGUCGAGGUCAGAGACACGAGUUCGCUCACAGUCCUCUGUCUCUGCCAUCGAAGACAGACGUUUUUAAAUGGUGACGAGCAGAAAGGAAUUCUGGGUGUUUAUCCGCAGGACAGCCCUGUGAGUGUAGGACUGAACGCUCGCUGUGCUGACUGUGACGGCGAGCAGAGCUGUGAUCACAGCGAGUCUUCGUUUAAACGUGACGAAGGCGGGAAAAGAGCAGAGCUGCUAACGAAUCGAUCAGACGCCGAGCCCCCACGCCGUGAACGAGCCAAGUACUGUCACUGGUCUUGGGACCCGCCCCCUCUGUCGACUUUGCUGCCAAUCGACGGACGCGUUGCUUCAACAUCUGAUUUUUAUUUAUUUAUUUAUUUAUUGUUUUUUGGGGGGGGGGGGGGUGAUCGUCAUGGCAACAGUGACCAGUGCUCAGGGUAAGCUAGCCCUGCUUUACAUGGCAGUUAGGAUUAGCAAAGCUAGCUGUGCGUUAUCAGGCUGCUGACCUGCACAGCAAACCGCCUCGCCGUGUCAGCUGUGAUCUGAUUGGCUAACGGCUCUGCUGCCACUUUAAAUUUCUUUUAAUUUUCAGCUGAAGUAAAACAGCCGACCCAGAAUGCACGGCUCCAGAUGUUACAACAUCUGGAGCUGCAGCUGGAGUCCUACACUCACAGAAAGUCAUGAGCACCGUUCACUUCCUGUGGCACAGGCCGACAGAGGCGGCCAGCUCCACCAACGCCAUCUGCUCCACUCCUGGGUGGAGCGAGCUGUGAGUCUCUAAACAGGAAGAGAAGCGACUGAUCUUCAUCGGCGUGACUGUAGGAGGAGCAGUUUAACAUGUAUAAAUACACGUGUACAUACAUAUAUGAACAGGAAGGAGGAAGUGACACCUAACAAAAUAAAAGCCUCUUCCUGGUUCCGGUCCUUCAUUCAGUAGAGGCGACUGAUGGAGGUUCCUGGUUUUACUGUGGUGCUUUAUAAAGAGAACCUCCACCUGCUCCGUCUGCCUGGAGACAGACAGGAAAUGACGUGUGUGUGUGUGUCGUCGCUGUAUGAAUGUAUCUGAGCCUCAGUGCGGCGACUCUGAGGCUCACACUCCAAUAAACUGUAGAAAAUGAAACUUUUUGUAAAUGAAACAAUAAAAAUGU